UUUCUCUUUAGAUCUCUCUUGAAGAGGGCUGGUAUACUUGUGCCUGCUGGAGGUGGAAUUAGCUGUAAGAAGGAGGAAGAGAUUGAAUGGACUUACAGGAAGAAUUUCAAGUAAAUUCAGGGAAACACAUUCACUUGAAGAGUAUAACCUUGAGUCUUGUUUUACACUGAGGAUACAAAGAUGUUAAAGUUAUCACCGGGCAGCCGGACAAAUAAAAUUCCAACACCAAGGUACAGAUCAGCAUAGAUCUGUGAUUCAGACCUCAGGAUUUUCUUGGAAGGAGCUCAAGGGCUGAGAAGGACUCAAGAGCAAGUGAAGAGAACUUGGGAACUACAGUUUAUCAGAAGAUCAGCUUUCCUUAAUUCAAAUACAAAAGGCCUGAUUCUCAUAAAUUCACCUAGGAAUGCACAGGUUAUUUGAUCAAAUAAUUUUAACCGGCUUUUCCUACAUCAAUGAAGCAAAAUUUCUUAGCAACUGUGGAUAAUUAGAAAUCUGAAUGCCAGUUUUCUUGGAAAUAACUAUUCUUGAUACAUUCCAAAAUAUUUAAAAUAGGACAGGAAAAUUUGUGAGGAUGUGUUCAGAAAUGUCAGUGUCAUGAAGAAUAGGUGAAUUUUUUUUUUACAACUAUUGGGAAAGUGUACCUCCUAGGAACUUGGAUUUUUUUUUUCUUUUAAGUGAAAAAGAAGAAUUAAAAAAAUAACUUUUGCUUUUGGACAAAAAUGCAUCUGACUGUAUUUUUACUUAGGGGUAUUGUGGGUUUCCUCUGGAGCUGCUGGGUUCUAGUGGGUUAUACAGAGGGAGGUUUGGGAGACAAUCAUGUUCAUUCCAGUUUUAUUUAUAGAAGACUACGGAACCAUGAAAGACGGGAAAUACAGAGGGAAAUUCUCUCUAUUUUGGGUUUGCCUCAUAGACCCAGACCGUUUUCACCUGGAAAACAAGCGUCGUCUGCACCUCUCUACAUGCUGGAUCUAUACAAUGCAAUGGCCAAUGAAGAAAAUUCCAAAGAGCCUGAAUACUUGGUGAGAGUCUCCCUGGCAGGAGAGAGCAGAGGGGCAAGAAAGGGAUACCCACCCGCUCCCAAUGAAUUUGUUCACCGCAUACAGUUGUCUCGAACGACUCCUCUGACUACUCAAAGUCCUCCUUUAGCCAGCCUACAUGAUACCAACUUUCUGAAUGAUGCUGACAUGGUCAUGAGCUUUGUCAACCUAGUUGAGAGAGACAAGGACUUUUCUCACCAGCGAAGGCAUUACAAAGAGUUUCGGUUUGAUCUGACCCAGAUUCCACACGGAGAAGCAGUGACAGCAGCUGAAUUCCGGAUAUACAAGGACAAGACCAACCAGAGAUUUGAAAAUGAAACAAUUAAGAUUAGCAUAUAUCAGAUCAUGAAGGAAUACACAAAUAGGGAUGCAGAUCUCUUCCUGUUAGACACAAGGACAAUCCAAGCUUUAGACGUGGGUUGGCUCGUCUUUGACAUCACUGCAACCAGCAACCACUGGGUGGUUAACCCACAGAACAACUUGGGCUUACAGAUCUGUGCAGAGACAGGGGAUGGACGCAGUAUCAACAUAAAAUCUGCUGGUCUUGUGGGACGACACGGUGCUCAGUCAAAGCAGCCGUUCAUGGUGGCCUUCUUCAAGGCUAGUGAGGUACUUCUUCGAUCUGUGAGAGCAGUCAACAAACGGAAAAACCAAAACCGAAAUAAAUCCAGCUCUCAUCAGGAUGCCUCAAGGAUGUCUAGUGCUGGAGAUUAUAAUACUAGUGAACAAAAACAAGCCUGCAAGAAACAUGAACUCUAUGUGAGCUUCCGAGAUCUGGGAUGGCAGGACUGGAUUAUAGCACCUGAAGGAUAUGCUGCAUUUUAUUGUGAUGGAGAAUGUUCUUUUCCACUUAAUGCCCAUAUGAAUGCCACGAAUCAUGCCAUAGUCCAGACCCUGGUUCACCUGAUGUUUCCUGAUCAUGUCCCAAAGCCCUGCUGUGCUCCAACCAAAUUAAAUGCCAUCUCUGUUUUGUAUUUUGAUGACAGCUCCAAUGUGAUUUUGAAAAAAUACAGAAAUAUGGUAGUGCGUUCGUGUGGGUGCCACUAAUACUAUGUAACUGUGGUAAUAAUAACAAAGAACUGUAUUAGGUUUGUGUCUGCCAUAUAAAGAAAGUAAAUGGGGAAUUUCCUAAAA